AUGAGACGAAUAGCUAACGGUGAAGUAAGUAGCCAAAACGUGACACAUAAGACGAAUGUGUCUGCAGUACAGAGGGCCCUAACUGAUAUUACAAAUGCAACCCCUACAAGUGUAUUGGAUGAAGCUCAAAGGAAUUCGAUUCGGAACAGAAAUGACUAUCAAAGACGCAAGGAACGAAACCCAAUGAGAACAUCUAUGCAAACUCUUCAAGACGAUCCAUAUAACUUUGUUUAUGAUGGUGUCCCUAAAAAACAUCGUGUGUUGAAGGUACAGAAAGCAUGUGUUCGUUGUGGAGCAAAAAGAUUGCAAUUUGAAUUCCCUACCUUUUGUUGCAUGGAUGGUAAGACAAAAUUGGCACAUUCUUCUAUUCCCGAUGAAUUACUCGAUCUCUUCACAUCUAGAAACGAAUUAGGCAAUACCUUUAGACAAAGGAUACGUGCAUACAACUCAAACUUUUCAUUUGCAUCAAUGGGCGUCGAUGUUGCUAAAACAAUGACCGACAUGACAUAUGGAGUAUACACUUUUUGUGUGAAUGGAGGAAUGUAUCAUAGAAUCGAUCAGUUAAUCCCAAGGGAUGGAAUACCUCGAGACAUACAGUUGUAUUUUUAUGAUGCUGAUUAUGAGAUGUCAAAUAGACUACAAUGGAAGAAUAUUGACAAACGAAUUGCUGAAAAGUUGAUUCGUAUUCUUGCUACAAACCCAUACGUGCAAAUAUUUCGAAGACUUGGUGAUCUAGGGCCGCUUGACAAUUACAGAGUCACGUUGAAUGCGUCAGUAGAACUUGACCAAAGGGUUUACAACCGACCGACCACAUCCGAGGUCGCUGGUAUUUGGGUUGAAGGUAAUGACAACAUAGCCGCAUAUAAACGAAGUAUUAUCGUGUAUGCAAGAUCCGACAAACCAAAAACAAUUCAAUCUUAUAGGGGAUGUUAUGAUCCAUUGUCUUAUCCUUUGUUUUUUCCUUACGAUGAGUCGGGAUGGCAUUCUAAUAUUCCAAGACAUGGAAUUCCCAUCAAUAAUAUUAUUAAUGACGAUGAUGACAUCGGGGAUGAUUUAGAAGACUCUAAUACAAAAAAAGAGCGGGAUACUGUAUCUAUGCGAGAGUACUACUGCUAUAAGUUUCAAAUCCGGUCAAAUUAUAAUGUAAUUUUGAUGGGAGGUAGAUUACUACAGCAGUUUGUAGUAGAUAUCUACAUCAAGCUUGAGACUUCACGUUUGGAUUUUUGUAGAAAAAACCAGUCCAAAAUAAGAGCAGAUUUAUACCAAGGUGUUGUGGACUGUGUUAAUGCCGGUGAGGUUCGAUCAAAUAUGAUAGGGCAACGUGUUGUGUUGCCUGCAAGUUUCAUCGGAGGCCCCCGUGACAUGCGGCGAAGAUUUCUUGACGCCAUGACUUUAGUUCAAGAUGACGGGAAGCCUGGCAUCUUCCUUACAAUGACAUGCAAUCCAAACUGGCCGGAGAUAAAAAAUGAGCUACUCCCUUGGCAGACGUCUCAAGAUCGACCGGACCUUGUGUCAAGAGUUUUUCAUGCUAAGUUAGAGGAUCUUAAGAAACAACUCUUCACAAAUCACGUCCUCGGCGUGGUGGGUUCAUACGUUUAUGUCAUUGAGUUUCAAAAACGUGGUUUGUCGCAUGCACAUUUCCUCCUGAUAAUGAAACCUCCAUACAAGCUUACUAACGCUGACCAUUACGACAAAAUAGUAUGUGCUGAAAUUCCAGAUCCAAAAAAGUAUCCUGAAAUGCACGAAUUAGUCGUCUCACACAUGAUCCAUGGUCCUUGCGGUGGCUUAAACUCUGACUGUCCUUGUAUGAAUAAUGAGCAAAAGAAAUGUCGUUUUAGAUACCCUCGGCAAUUCAAUGAAACCACGUUACAAGGAAAGGACUCAUAUCCUGUUUACCGAAGGAGAGAUAAUGGUAUAGAGGUGGACGUACGGGGCAAUAAGAUGGAUAACAGAUGGGUUGUCCCAUAUAACCCAAAGUUGUUAAUGAUGUUUAAUUGUCAUUUGAAUGUUGAGGUCUGCUCGAGUAUAACCUCUGUGAAAUAUGUGUUUAAGUAUAUUUACAAGGGUCAUGACAAACAAGUUAUCAAUAUUGAUCCGGAUGGACAACCUGUCGCUGUUAAUGAGAUAAAAUGGUUUCAGGAUGCACGAUAUGUCUCACCUCUAGAGGCCAUGUGGAGGAUUUUUAGCUUCCCUCUUUCUCAGAUCCACCCUUUUGUGAUGGCUUUGCAGGUGCAUCUCCCAAAUCAGCAGAUGGUUAGGUUCAGUGAGGAUGAUACGCUGACUAGCGUUGUUGAGAAGGAGAAAGAUAGGAGAUCAAUGUUGACUGCUUUUUUUCUAAAAAAUAAAGAAGAUACCAGUGCGAGAGAGAUAAAAUAUAGAGAUUUUCCAAAAAAAUUUACGUGGGAUCCGAGCUCACGUCGUUGGCAUCAUCGAAAACAAGGAUUAAUGCGGGGUCGUAUGGUUUCUGCCAACCCCGAUGAAGGGGAGCGAUACUACCUUCGCCUACUUUUAUUGCAUAUUAGUGGGCCUACGUGUUUUGAAGAUCUCUACACAGUCAACAAUGUACAACACCCAACAUUUCGGAAAGCAACUCUUGAAAGAGGGUUAAUAGAGUCUGAUGAUGGUUUAUCACAAUAUCUAACAGAGGCAUCUUUAUUUCAAGCUCCUAUUGCUCUUAGAAGGAUGUUUGCAACGAUAUUGACUUUUUGUGAGCCAGGAGAUGUUCGUAAGAUAUGGGAUGACCACUACAAUGAUCUUUCGGAAGAUUAUAGGCGACAAUAUGGAAGUAUUGAGAGAGUCCAAAAUAUGGUUCUCACCGACAUCAAGAUAUUCCUACAAUCUAUGAGUGACAACAUUGAUUGUUUUGAUCUUCCAAAGAUAAAUGAAAAUGUCGAUUUAGAAUUUGGAGUUUUUCGUGAGGUACAAGAGGAAUGCUCUAUUGUUUUAGAAUCGGAACAUUUACAAGCCCGAGAUUUUCUCAAUCCUGAACAAAAAUUUGCGUAUGAUGAGAUAAUGCGGCAUGUCCAUAGUAAUAUUCCAGGAGUUUUCUUCAUAGACGGUCCCGGUGGAACAGGAAAAACAUUUUUGUACAAAGCUUUACUUGCUAAUAUCCGUUCGUGUGGUCAUAUUGCACUGGCGACCGCUUCAUCGGGUGUUGCGGCUAAUAACAUGCCUUGGGGGAAGAACAGCUCACUCUCGCUUUAA